AAAGCUGAAGCAUGAAAGCCCAAAAAAAACAUAAAGAAAAAAGAAAGGGAAAAACGUAAUAAGACUAAAAUAAAAGGGUUAGAGAAGAAGUCUCAAGGUUGUCGUAGUACUGACACUGUUUCCUUCACACGCGGCGAAGCGAACUCUCAUUUCCUCGCCACCAACAACUCUCUCUCUCUCUCUCUCUCUCUUCAAAAAACACUCCACAACGUUUCUCACUCUAAAAAAAGCACAAUCACGAGUGCUACUUACACCCCCAUUGUAACUGAUUCAGUUCUCGGACUAAAAAAUAAAAAUAGUGCCGAAGAGGAUUUGAAGGCGUUGUUUGUGGGGAUUUUGUGUGGAUUUUCUGUCACUUUCUCGGGAAAAUUAUGUCCUCCUCUUCGUGUUCUGAAAAUUACAUCUCAAAUGCGGAUCGUUUUCUUCUCAGUGUUACUCCAGAUAUUCCUUCUCAGACUCUUCCACUUCAGCAGAGCUGUUUUCAUGAAGUAAAUAGCCAAUGGCUACCUCUUAGCAAGGACACUGUUGAAUGCUUUGCAUUGAAAGAUCUUUGGGACUGCUUUGAAAGAUGGAGUGCACUAGGUGCCGGUACACCGAUACUAUUGGAAAAUGGCGAAACUUUGACACAAUAUUAUGUUCCCUAUCUAUCUGCCAUCCAAAUCUACAGCAGUAAGUCUGUUGCAGCUUCUAGGAAUAGGAAAGAGGACAUUGAUGCAGUAGAAUUUGAAUUUGAUUCCUCGAGUGAAGAUAGUGGAAGCGAUAAUCUAUCUAGAUCAUUAAGUAACGAUUCUAGCAAGGCAUGGGAUGCUGUUUCGUUGGAUUCAAGCUCUGAUCAAUCGGGUUCAUGGCCAACAAGGGAUAUGCUUGGAUACCUUUAUUUGCAGUACAACGAGACUUCACCACCUUGCUCGAGGGUUCCUUUUGCUGAAAAGAUAACUGAGCUGGCUAAAAGCCAUCCAGCAUUGAUGACAUUGAAAAGUGUGGAUAUUUCCCCAGCAAGUUGGAUGUCUGUUGCUUGGUACCCUAUUUAUUCCAUACCAAAUAAUCAGAUAAGUGAAAAGGAGCUUUCAGCAUGCUUCCUCACUUACCAUACACUAUCAUCUUCUUUCCAAGAUUGUAAAACCAAAUAUGAUGAUGUUGACAUAACAAAAGACAUAAGUUGUAUUGAGGAGUGGGAAGGUAUAGUGGGAAAGAAAUGCAAGGAAAACAAGAAUGCUUUUAUAUCUAUUUCUCCUUUUGGGCUGGCUAGUUACAAAAUGCAGAAACCUUUUUGGUCCUCUUCAGAAUCUAAUAAUGCAAGGAUAUCUGACUUGUAUUGCGCCGCAGACUCGUGGUUGAAGCAACUCAACGUCGACCACCACGACUUCAACUUUUUCACUCUCCGAUCUCCCUUGUAAAUUGGUUUCUGUUGUUAUUUACUAACUUGUUGCGGCCGGCUCGUUUAGUUCGGGACUUCGCUUAUAGGUUCAGUUUUUGAAACACCGAGGUUAUAUGUCAAAGGAUGUAUAGUCCCCUAGCAGAGUGAAGUUUUGUUUAUUUAGAGGUGUGGUGCGAAUGGAGAACCACCCCCUCCAAAAAAAAAAGAUAGAUGGUAGCAGUUUGGAGGUGUUUAAACUACAUGUACAGUUUAUUUCUUUAAAUUAUUGUUUUUGAAUUUUGUAUAUUCUUCUUUUUGCUUCUAAUCGCAAUUCAGGAUAUAAUGUUAAUCAA